AUGCAGAUGAUUCCAGGAGAUCCAUUUUCUAUUUCAUCUUCCAUGGGAGGGUUUGUCCAUCAAGAACAGCAUCUUAAUCAUCUUCAGCAGCAUAUCCCGGAAAUUAACCCUAACUAUAGCCCUAACCCUAAUGUUAAACCGAACUCUUCAUCAGCCAAGAAGAAGAGAAAUCAACCAGGCACCCCAGAUCCAGAUGCGGAUGUCAUCGCUCUAUCGCCAACUACCCUCAUGGCAACAAACAGAUUCGUCUGUGAGAUCUGCAACAAAGGGUUUCAAAGGGAUCAGAACCUACAACUCCAUCGCCGUGGCCACAACCUUCCAUGGAAGCUGAAGCAACGGUCCAACAAGGAGGUGAUAAAGAAGAAAGUAUACAUAUGUCCUAUCAAGACUUGUGUUCACCAUGAUUCUUCUAGGGCCCUUGGAGACCUCACUGGGAUAAAAAAACACUAUAGCCGCAAGCACGGCGAAAAGAAGUUUAAGUGCGAGAAGUGUUCGAAGAAAUAUGCUGUUCAAUCUGAUUGGAAGGCGCACGCGAAAACUUGUGGCACUCGUGAGUAUAAGUGCGACUGUGGCACGUUGUUUUCCAGGAAAGAUAGUUUCAUCACGCAUAGAGCGUUCUGCGACGCAUUAACAGAAGAAGGUGCAAGGAUGAGUUCACUUAGUAAUAAUCCAGCGAUCUCUACAACAACGAUGACGACAAAUCUGAACUUUGGAAAUGAAUCACAUGUUAUGAAUAAUCCAAAUCUUCCACAUGGAUUUGUCCACCGAGGAAUUCAUCAUCCCGACAUUAAUGCUGCUAUCUCUCAGUUCGGUUUAGGGUUUGGACAUGACCUAAGUGCAAUGCAUCCGCAAGGUUUAUCUGAGAUGGUACAAAUGACAUCCGCCGGGAACCACCACCUCUUCCCGUUGUCUUCAUCAUCAGUCCUCCCUGACUUCUCCGGCCACCACCACAACCAACAAUUCCAAAUUCCCACGACUUCCACAAACCCUAAUCUCACCUUAUCAUCAUCCUCAACAUCACAACAAACCUCAGCUUCACUAUCAUCACUACAACACCAAACCAUGAAAGACUCUUCUUUCUCCCCACUCUUCUCCUCCUCCUCCAACAGCAAACAAAACAAGCCUCUCUCUCCAAUGUCUGCCACUGCACUCUUACAAAAAGCUGCACAAAUGGGAUCCACUAGAAGCAACUCCACCACCGCUCCGUCCAUCUUCGCCGGCCCAACAAUGACGUCAUCCUCAUCCGCUGCUUCUACUCCUCCUCCUAGAUCGUCUUCUCCAAUGAUGAUCCAACAACAGCAGCUCAACAACAACUUCAACACCAAUGUCUCAAGAGAGAACCAGAAUAUUGCUCCUCAUACCAGUGGUGUGGAUAAUAAUCAUCGACUUCAACCAAACCGGUCAGGUAUGAACCCGGUUCAGCAGAUGGGUUUAACCCGGGAUUUUCUUGGAGUGAGCAAUGAGCACCAAACUGGUCGAGGUCCGUUUUUGUCUCAAGAAUUCGCAAGGUUUGCUCCGUUGGGUUGAUAAUUGGAAGGUUAGUAUUGGAAGUUUCUUUGUGGAGACAAGUCUAAGAAUCAUACCCAGCUUGCGGUCGGAAUGUGGGGACAAAUGUUGGUGUCAAGAUAUCUUCAUACAUUAUAUAUGCUAUGUACUAUCACUAUAUAUGUUCAUGAGGAUGAUCAUCAUAUAUCUAUACCACGUAUGGGCUUGCAUUUUCCGACACUGUCGUUUUGUAAAUGUUUUUUUUUUUCGUUGUUACAAUUAUUGAGAUGUUCAAGAAUUUGGUCCGUAUAAUUAUCUUUAGCCUUUCCAGGAUUUAUUUAUUUUUUACUAAAUUUUUCAGGAUUUUUACUAUUAAGAUAAUGCUUUCUUUCCGUUGUCAGUUUGUCACGAACCGAACUUGAAUGUAGUGUUGCAUAUGAGGAAAAUUGGUUACGUCGUUUAUAUAUA